AUGGGGAGAGGAGGAGGAGGAGGUGGGUACUUCUGCGACGUAAGAUCCACAUCAGCUCAACUCCACUCACAUCCCAGCCGGCACUUCCUCACUUUCUCAACUGUCUCGCCCCACACCGCUCCCUGCCUUAUUUUUGGCUUGUUAUAGAGGAGAUUUGAACACCCUCCGCCUCUCCUGGGAGCUGGCUUCCUGCUAGGUCGGGCUUUCGGGCUCUUUUCCUGCUGCCCGUCGCUCGCUUGCAAGAGGGCUGGAUGGUUACACCGGGCAGGUUGGCUCCAUAAUGUUAGGGACUGUGAAAAUGGAAGGGCAUGAAACCAGCGACUGGAACAGCUACUACGCCGACACUCAGGAGGCCUAUUCCUCGGUGCCCGUGAGCAACAUGAACUCGGGGCUGGGCUCCAUGAACACCAUGAACACCUACAUGACCAUGAACACCAUGACGACCAGCGGCAACAUGACCUCCGGCUCCUUCAACAUGUCCUACGCCAACACAGGGCUGGGAGCCGGGCUAAGCCCCGGUGCCGUGGCCGGGAUGCCGGCGGGCUCGGCGGGGCCGGUGAACGGCAUGCCGGCCGGCGUGGCCGCCAUGGGCACGGCGCUGAGCCCCGGCGGCAUCAACGCCAUGUCGGCCCAGCCCGCCCCCAUGAACGGGCUGAGCCCCUACAGCAGCAUGAACCCCUGCAUGAGCCCCAUGGCCUACACGCAGUCCAACCUGGGCAGGACGCGGGACGCCAAGACGUUCAAACGGAGCUAUCCCCAUGCCAAGCCGCCCUACUCCUACAUCUCCCUCAUCACCAUGGCCAUCCAGCAGGCGCCCAGCAAGAUGCUGACGCUGAGCGAAAUCUACCAGUGGAUCAUGGACCUCUUCCCCUACUACCGGCAGAACCAGCAGCGCUGGCAGAACAGCAUUCGCCACUCGCUGUCCUUCAACGACUGCUUCGUCAAGGUGGCCCGUUCCCCCGACAAGCCCGGCAAGGGCUCCUACUGGACCCUGCACCCCGACUCCGGCAACAUGUUUGAGAACGGCUGCUACCUCCGCCGGCAAAAGCGCUUCAAGUGCGAGAAGCCGGCGAACAGCAAAGCCCCCCAGGAGGGCAGGAAAGAUCAGGCCGGGGCCUCCAGCUCCAGCUCCAACUCCCCCCUGCACAGAGGCCACAGCAAAACGGCGCAGCUGGACACCGCCACCUCCCUCUCCAGCUCCAACCCGUCCACCAGCCCCUCGUCCAUGGACCACAGCGGAUCGAGCACGGAGCUAAAGACCUCGGCCUCGGCCGCCUCCUCCACCAUCAGCUCCGUCCCCGCCUUGGCCUCCGUCCCGCACCCCCCUCACUCCUUAGCCCACGAACCCCAGCUCCACCUCAAAGGGGAUCCCCACUACUCCUUCAACCACCCCUUUUCUAUCAACAACCUCAUGUCCUCCUCGGAGCAGCAGCACAAGCUGGACUUCAAAGCCUACGAGCAGGCGCUGCAAUAUUCCUCCUACGGGGCCGGCAUCUCCGGCGGGCUGCCCCUGGGCAGCGCCUCCAUGGCGGGCCGGAGCAGCAUCGAGCCCUCGGCCCUGGAGCCCUCCUACUACCAAGGUGUGUAUUCCAGACCCGUGCUAAACACCUCGUAGCUCUGCACCCCGCGCCCCGCUCCCCUUCGGGUUCCAUCCCCCGUUCCCUCGAGCUGUGACCCCCCGAGGUGUUCCCGCACGCUGCGUGCACAGGACUGUUACUUUCUGGUUGUCUCCCGACGCGUCGUGUGCUGUUAUUAUCCAACACGACCUCCUGCAAAGCCGGCCGCCUCCCUAUUGUACAUACCCGCCCUCGCCCCCCGCCCGCCGGCCUCGGUCCCCCGAGAUCCCCGUAGCCUUUGCAGGGUGUUAUUAAAAAGAAGAAAAAAAAUGUUGAGCUUGUAAACUACUUGUUUGUGCUUUCCGCCCCCUCAUCCCCCCCUUCUGUGCUCUAUAAUCUCAUGUAAGUUUACAGGUAUGUGGCAAUACUUUAACAAUACGGAGAUGAAGAAGCGAGUAGAUGUUUAAGGCUUUUUUUAAUUAAAAAGGCUUUGAAGGACAAUACUGCUGUGAAGUAGCAAAACACUAAGAGAAUCUCUAAGCAACAAGAGGACUAUUUACUUUCUCGGAUCAUCCUUUUGAUACUUGCAAAAUAAACCUUCGGCUAGUACAACCCGCAUACACCCAGAUGCUGCGGGCCGGAUCCUGCACUCCCGAGGGGACCAACUGGAGCUUUGGAGUGCAGGAUACGACCCUUAUUCUUAUUUUUUUUUCCAAGUGUUACCUGUCUUGGGAUGUAAUAUAAAGUUACAAGAGGUCACAACCAGUUGGAUGGUUUUUUUUCUUCCCAUCUGUUACUGAAGAUUCUCGUUCAUCAGGAACUCUCGUCAACAUGUGGAUGACAUGCUUAUUUAAUUUCAGUGUCUCUUCAUUGUGUACCAGCUAGGGCUAUGUACGUAAAACAAGGUUAUUUCCCCUCUCCCCCAGGAAACGCUGACUUUUAAACGAAAGGAAAAGAGGAAAAGAGGAGAGCUCGUUCUCUCUCUCCUUUUCCGAAUUGUUUAAUAAAUUCCACACCUUUUUACCUUUUUUUUUUUUUUUUUUUGUGGCCGUUUAAUUAUCGCCAUCGUUAGCUUGUUUCAUCCAGUGUUAAUGCACUUUCCACAGUUUUACACGGUGUUAGCAUAGCCAGACGGGUUUUAUUAUUAUUCCUGUUCGCUGUCUCAAUGUUCUUAAUUUAUUGCAUGGUUUAUAUUUUUUUUUCUUUCUUUACAGCUGGAAAUUGCUUUAAAUGACAGUAAAAAGAAUUACAAGUGAAUUUAAGAAAUUUUGUUAAUUUUAUAAAUGUGAUUGUAAUUGAAAAAAAUAUUUUGAUUUAAAACGAUAACUGAGAAUUUAACGCGUGAAGUAUGUUUUUGAUCAUUUGCAGUUAAGGACUUUAAAUAAAUCAAAUGUUAACAAGGAA